AUGUGCUUGAGGUGUACCCCGAGCCGUACAGCCAGACAACAGUCCCACUCUUCGGACCGGUACCAUCUGCCAAUCGGCCCACAUGCUGACAAAUUCACUCUGCCUGCGCUGGUAUCGGAUUCGAGUCCCGCAGAAAAAGUUGCUGGGCCCGUCGGAAAGCCACCACAGUCCAGGCCGAAGCAGAUGCGCUACCCUUUCGUUCACCUGCCAGAGGCGGUCUGGCUGCGGAGGCAAUUCUUUUGCAAAAAUGCAUGA